AUGUUCCUACCCGACCUCCCGCGAGCCUGCAUGGUGGACGACGUAGCGACGUACCUGCAAGCGCCCUCCUCGGGACAGGACGAGUUCCAUCCGUUCAUAGAGGCCCUGAUGCCUUUUGUAAAGUCCUUUUCGUACACGUGGUUCAAUUUACAAGCGGCCAAAAGGAAAUAUUACAAAAAACACGAAAAGCGGAUGAGUCUUGAGGAGGAGCGACACACAAAGUAUGAAUUGCAGAACGAAAAAGCAGAAGUGAAACAGAAAUGGGCAUCUCGGUUACUCGGGAAGCUACGCAAGGACAUCACUCAGGACUGCCGCGAGGACUUCGUACUGAGUAUAACGGGGAAAAGGCCGGCGGUGUGCGUCCUCUCCAAUCCCGACCAGAAGGGCAAAAUGAGGAGGAUAGACUGUUUGAGACAAGCUGAUAAGGUCUGGCGUCUAGAUCUAGUAAUGGUGAUCCUAUUUAAAGCUAUACCACUAGAAAGCACAGAUGGAGAGCGCUUAGAAAAGCACCCAGAAUGCACGCAACCAGGACUCUGUGUGAACCCCUACCACAUCAACGUGUCAGUCCGAGAACUAGACUUGUAUCUCGCUAACUUCAUCAACAGCUAUGGUAAUGGGAGCGACGGUCUGCCAGAUAUUCUAAGCGGAUCUCUCUCACCACACCCCACUAGGGACAAAGAGAAUGAACACGAGGCUAAAAACAAAGGCUAUACCCAUAAUCCAUACAACGGUGUUAUUUGCAACGAUAUCAUUCUAGCGACCGGUGUCUUCUCUUCGAAGGAACUAUGGAAGUUGUCGAAAGCCUCUAUCCUCCAAGAGACGGGGUCAGAGUCGCCGGGCGGGUCGGGCAUCAAGUUGGAGUCCGCGUACUACGGGUACAAUAGCCCUGCGCCCUUCGAGCCGCCCACUGACCGCGGCACGCCCUCCGCUAUGCUGGUCGGACAGUGCUUCAGUAUCCCCCACAGUUCUGCGGGACUAACUGCAGCACAAGCGCCGCUUGUGCCGUCUAACACAAUCUUCUACCAACACCCUCCUCCCACGGACACACAUCCCACUGCAUCAGAAGCACUAACAAGCCAACAUUCGAGUGGGAAGUACGACAGCGCGCCGCAAGACUCGCUCGGGGACUUCGUCACUUUCGUGUGCCAAGAACCCACAGACGUUCAACAGUUACAGGUGCAUAGUCUGUCGAGGAGCCCAAAGCCGUACUUCAGCAGCUCGAUGCUGCCACCGCCCCCGCUGCCGCCCAUGGCCAGACCUGUCACCAUUAUUAGAUCUACAGCGAGUGAAGUAGGUGGAGUGGGCGUGGGCGUGGGUGUGGGCGGCGGGUCGCCCUCGUCCCCGGAGGUGCGCUCGCCGCCCGCAUCGCCGCGCCGCCGCUCGCCGCACUACCGCGACUGCCACCCCCCUAUAUCACACUUCAACCAUUUUCAUACACAGCCUCAACAAGUGUUUAGUUACGGACCAGUGGGGGGAGCUUCGCCCCCGGGCGGGCUCGGUCUCUACGCGCCUCGGGCUCCGCCAAGAGCACCUCCUAGGUGGAACGCUCCAUUCCCAACUCUAGAGGAAGAAUUUAAUAUAAUGACAGCACCAGCGGGACCUGACCACGUCGUACUAUUAGAUGAUGAACGGUUCUUUCAAUCGAACGUGAUCACAUCCGACGCGCCAAUGGACACCGGCGCGAGCGUCGCGCAGGCCGUCGACGACGAUAUCGCGCCCGACAAGCCGGCGCCCGACCUGCGCUCGCCG